AUGAGUACUGCCCAGUCCAUGGACAUCGCCACUGCUCGCCACCUCCUUGAGCAGGCAAUCAUCAAUCUCCGGAACUUCAUCAACUUCCGUGAGAUGAUUGUCAGCGUCGGUAACGUCGACCCCGAGACUUUCGAGGAACUGAGCUCCCACAUCUGGGACACCAAGCUGGAGAUUGCCCGUCAGAUCCGCGAGUUUAGCGACCCUCGCAGUGCCACCAUGCUGACCGACUUCUUCCGCCGGUUGAUCGGCAACAUGCCCAAUGCUGAUGGGGUCGUCCCUUGA